UGUCUGGACGCGUUUACGGACGCUGCUUCAACGACGUCACGGCCGACUUCCUCUUCUAGAGACCUGCGAUUGCGUCCAAGAAGCUUCGAGUCAAGAAAGAAAUCCUGCGUUCGAGAAAUUCUCUUUUAGAAACCAAACAGAAGAUCAGAAACUUCAAACUCUCGUUUGCCAUCACGAUUAAUUAUUGGUCCAACCGACGAAGAAGCUCGAAAGAUUUUCUUUCAUUGAAGAUCUGAACUUAUCGAUUCCCUGGAUAGACAUCUGCUUAUACGAUCCGUUAUUAAUAAGCUAUAUAGUUACUUUCUGUCUAAGUAUAGGUACUCUACCGGAGAAUAUCUGAAUACAAAGAUGAAAGUGAGUAAAUAUUUUCAAGAAUUCCUUAUGUUGCUGGUGGUGCUUGAGCGCGCUACUGGUCUACAAGUUUCCAACCUUUUCUCCAAGGUACUUGGGACUACCAUUGAUAAUAACUGUCGUCUGGCGCUGCAAGUGCCUGCCUCAACCAAGUUUCUGGGUCUACGUGGCGCCUGCAGCCUCAUGUGCAUGCAAAAUAAAAACUGUCGCUUCUUCUGCACCCUCAAAAGCACGGGUGCGUGCGCUCUGUAUAGUGCUUAUGUGGCCGUGCGCUGGCCGGGCCAGGUAGGUGUAACUUACGAUGCUUGUUACACCUCAUGGGGAGACCCUCGUGACAUCUUGAAGACAAACUCGCCCUUCAACUUCUCCACUAAUUAUCCUACUUUCCAUGACAACUACAUCCAUGCCACCGAUGGAUACUCCUGCAGUGAAAUCCAGAACCGUUUCGGGACGGAACUUAGAAGCAACAGCUACUCACAGAUCGACUUGGAACAAAUCACUCGAGUACAGACAGUUAUCUUCGCCACUGCGAAUUUGGGAUUCUUGGAAGACGUGGAUGUGUACCUCAGCAACACAAGUGACUUCACAAUUGGGGAGAAAAUCGGUCGCGUUGACGGUAAGCCGCCGGGAUGGUCAUCGAUCACCAUCAGCACCAACACCAGCGUUGCAGGACGGUACAUCACUUUCUUCAUGGCUGUAAACAAUUACCAUGGCUACGCCGAGAUCCAAAUUAUUCCACUUCCUUGAGCCUUUUGUUUCCAUUUUACGGAGGGCAAGCUAAAUCUACAAAUCAUGUGGGGGACCUUUUUGACAUCGUGGCUAUGAGCUCGCCCUUAAAUUUCUUCAGUAAUUAUGGCGCAUCCCGAGCCAACUACAGGCAAAACACCGAUGGAUACUCCUGCGUAUCUACCGCUGAUCGCUUUGCGACGCGGUUCUUAUUAGCCUCACGGCUUCUUGCAGAUAGACCAGGAACAGAUCACUCGAGUAUACUGACAGUAAUUGUAGCCACCGCUGAACCCACCUAAAUUUGGGACAUGGAUGUGUUCCUCAGUAACAAAAGUCACUUUACACUUGGAAAGAAAAUGGGUCGAGUUGGCGGCUAUCCGCCUGCAUGGUCGUCGUUUGCUCUCAGCGCCAACACCAAGACGGUACAUCUCGCUCUUCUCUGCACGAUCUCAUUACCAUGGCUACGCCGAGAUCCAAAUUAUUACACUUUCUUUUGCAUGUCCAGAGCGAUUAAAGGAUGGAUUUUAAUAUAAAAAUGAAACAAAAUUAAUGAAUUUAAAAACAUU